CUGUAGUUCUCAUUUUUGCUACACAAGUUAACUCUCUCUCUCUCUCUCUCUCUCUCAGCUACCCUUUACCCAUCAUCUCUGCCUCUUCCUUCGAAGCUGAAGCCCUAACUAAAAAUAAAAAGACAUCAAUUCUCAUCAGCGUUUCAUAAACCAGGAAAAUUUCACCACACACACUACCUUAUAACUUUUUCUGUUCUAAGGUGGAAAAAGAAAAGAGAAAAAAGAAGGAAAGAAGAAAAAGGGGGAAAAGAUUUCAUUACAGAGCUUCUAUUUUGGUCACUGUCGUUUGUUAAAUGGGUGCACCAAACUCAGCCGGGGAUGGAUCCUGACCGGCAUUGCUCCCAAUGGGAAAGUCCGACGAAGAGCACCACCAACCUUUGCCUCCCGGCGCCGCCGCCGCGGAAGAUCCGAGGCCCAAUGUGGCUGUCGGCGGUUCCUUUUCUUUUAGUCUUAGAUGCCUUCUCGUCUUGCUCUUCUCCGCCGCCGUGUUCCUGUCGGCUCUAUUCUUCUUGCCACCGUUCGCUAACUUCUCAGAUCAGAAGGAUCCACUUUCCCAUUCACAGUAUAAAGGUCAUGAUAUUGUUGCAAGAUUUUUCCUUGAGAAGCCAGCUUCUUUGUUAGAAGACAACACCGUGCAGCUUGCAAAUGACAUUUUUGAAGAGAUUGGAGUUCCCUCUACCAAAGUGGUCAUCUUGUCUCUAGAUCCCUUCCCAGGAUCAAACACAACAAAAGUGGUAUUUGCAGUUGAUCCUGAUCGUAAAUAUUCUGAAAUGUCCUCAGCUACCCUCAGUUUGAUUAGGGCAUUAUUUAAAUCUCUGGUUAUCCGCCAAUCGUUCCUCCAACUUACUCCAUCCUUGUUUGGAAAACCCUCCUUUUUUGAGGUGCUAAAAUUUAAGGGAGGAAUCACUAUAAUUCCGGAACAGAAGGUGUUUCCUCUGCAGCACGUGCAACCUCUAUUCAACUUUACUUUAUAUUUCUCUAUUUAUCAAAUACAAUCUAGUUUUGAUAGGCUGACAAGUCAGCUAAAGUCUGGAUUACGUUUGGCAUCUGAUGAGAAUGUGUAUGUCGUCUUAUCAAAUUCUGAAGGUUCAACAAUAGCUGCUCCUACAAUUGUUCAGGCGUCUGUCUUACUUGAAUAUGGAAUUACUCCAUCAAAGGAGAGACUAAAGCAACUAGCCCAAACCAUUACCGGACCCCGUGCAGAUAACCUCGGCUUGAAUAACACUCAAUUUGGCAGGGUUAAGCAGGUCCAACUUUCCUCCAUCUUGCAACAUUCUCUUAAUGGCAGUAGGGGUAGUGGCUCUAUCCAGUCGCCCUCUUCUGCUCCUGGUCCUAUGCCUCAUACACACCACCACCAUCAUCACCACCACCAUCACCAUCAGCUUCAUAAUGAUCACCUCAGUGCUCAUCUAUCCCCUGCAAGUUCACCUACACCUGCACCUGCACCUGCACCUGCAUCUGCAUCUACAGAAGGUGCAACUCCACCUGAAGUUGGUUCUCCUGCUGCAAGUGUGCCUGCAAUAGGUAGAAGCUAUCAUGCUCAGCCUCCUAGUUGUCAACCUGUGUAUAAGAAGAGGUCUACUCGGAAAGCUUUGAAACGUAGUCAUGUAACUCCUGCAGUUGCUCCUACUGCUUCUCCACACUAUCCUGUUGAAUCACCAAAACAACGAGUUGAAUCCCCAGCAUACAUCUCUCAUUCAGUUCCUGCUGAGAGUCCUAUACCAAAUGUAGCUUUUGCACAUGCUGAGUCGCCCCCACCUAAGAAUGAACCAGCUGCAGCUCAUUCCGACACAUAUUCAACUGGGCCAUCACCAUCUUCAUGCUAUCUUGGGACUGUUAAUUGGGCAUCCUUAAUGUUUGUACUACUUGUAUUACAUGUAUAAUCAUGUUCUGAACUGUACAAUCCGGCCAGACAAAAAAACUAGAAAAUAGAAAUUAUUAAAAAUGUGAACUAGUCAUUGUGAGUGGAUGUAAGUUGUCAUUAUGAGUGUAAAUAGUUGAUUAAGAUAUAUCCAGUGGGAAUGUACCCAAAGAGAAGGGAAAAAGGAAGAGGAAGAGAGGGGGGGGGGGGGGGUCGGUGUAUGCAUUUUCAGGUCAAAGUCCACAAGUGGCAGGCCUUUACAAGCAUCAUCGUUGUUAUGUGAAGUAAGGUGGAAAUUAAAAUGACGAGAAAAAAAAAAUGUGACAAUAUGCUUAUAUUUUAUUUUUGGUUCUCAUUGCAUGUAAUUUGUUAUGUAUCAUUCUCCAAGGCAGCUAAAGGUGUUGGCCAAGCUAAGACUAGAAAUGUUAAAUCGAAUGAGCCAAUGAAACACAUCUGUUGUUGUUGACUUGUUUCCCAUGUGACUUCUUUCAGCUCUCGCUUAUUACGCGUUUUGUGUCUCUCUCAAGUCUCAACCCACGUGAACAAAAUACAGCCAAACAAUGUAGAAAAUGGCACUUAGUUUCUUCCAGGUCAAUUUCUUAUUUAUUUAUUUAUUGUUUGUUUGUAGUUUAAAUAAAUGAAUGAUCAAGAAUAAGAUGUUUUCCCAAGAUCGGCCGUAUAAUAACAAAGCAGAUAUUUCUGCGUCGCUUAAUUAUUUUAAGUAGGAAAUGUUAGUUUAACAAACUGAUGUGUUCAUCACUGGAAAAAGAAAUCAAAGGA